AAAGAUAUAUAUAUAGCCGACCCAUUCACAAACGGUAUCAUUCCACUCGGUGGAGCUGCUAUGGGACGAAGACUAAUCUGUAUUAGUGAUUAAUAUGGAUUACUUUGCUGUUAUCGUCGUUGUGGCUGCUGUUGUUACUGGUGGACAAGCAGGAACCAUCAAGAGAAACCAUGGCAACCAAGAACAGAUCUGUGCAACGAACUGCUUAGGAACUCGAAAAUUCAAUUAUGAAGUUGGUUCUUCCUAUGAAUAUGAUUACAAUGCACAGACCACGACAAAGAUGAAUGGAGCGUCCCAUGAUGGUGCCAGCUUUUCGUUGAAUGCCAGAGUCGUAUUUGAACCUGUGACAAAAUGUGACAUGGUCAUGAUGCUCAAUAAUGUCCGGGUCACCAACAUGGACUAUGCUCCUGAAGGUCAACAGUUCAGCGACGCCCUCAUGAAGCAAGGAUUGAGGUUCUCGUUCCAGGACGGCAAGAUCGAAGAAGUUUGUCCGAUGUCAGAGGAACCAACAUGGGUCCUUAACAUCAAACGUGGUAUUCUCUCAGCUUUCCAAAACACCAUGGACGAUCUGGACAGAGAUGUCAACAUAACAGAGACCGAUGUUGUGGGCAGUGUUGUGACCGAGUACAAGGUGCAGGACAUUUACAGGGUGCUAAGACCAUCCAUAAGAGCACAGACCGACCUCCUCAGUUGCAGUGACCCGAGAGUACUACCGCAUUGCCAUGCAUUCCAGUCAAAUACACAAUGUCCACUCU